AUGCAAUGUACUGACUCAUUUGACGCAAAGGUGACUUGGGAUGGUAACAAGGAUCCUGCCAACCCUCACAACUGGACCAAGAAAAAGAAGUGGCUUUCUACUAUACUUGUUUCUUGCUUCACCUUCAUCUCCCCCGUCUCGUCCACCAUGCUCGCCCCGGCUUUGCCCGACUUGGCAGAUGAGUUUGACAUUGAGUCUGACUUUGAGACUUAUCUCAUCAUGUCCAUCUUUCUGCUUGCCUACGCCAUUGGUCCUUUUCUGUUGGCACCCUUGUCCGAGAUGUACGGGAGGGUUGUUGUUCUCCAGUCUGCCAAUAUGAUCUAUCUCAUCUUCAACACCGUGUGUGGCUUCGCUCAGACCAAGAACCAGAUCCUUGUUUUUCGGUUCUUGAGUGGUAUUGGCGGGAGUGCUCCACAAGCUCUUGGAGGAGGUGUCCUUAGUGAUUGUUGGAGAGCUGAGGAACGAGGAACAGCAACAGCCAUCUACAGUCUUGCUCCAUUCCUUGGACCUGCUGUGGGGCCCAUAGCCGGAGGUUACUUGACCCAGUACAUGAACUGGCGAUGGGUCUUCUGGGUAGUUUCCAUGGCCGACGCCCUCGUCCAAAUCCUCGCCUUCCUCUUCCUGAACGAGACAUAUCCUCCCAAGAUUCUCAAGAAAAAGGCCGACAAGCUCCGCAAGGAGACUGGCAACAUGGCCUUGCAUACCGAGUUUGAGAGUCCCGAUCGAACCUUUUUGCAGUCGCUGCGCAAGAAUCUGAUGAGACCGUUCAUCAUGUUGUUCACGCAGCCGGCUAUUCAGAUUACGGCGUUGUACAGAGCCUAUCUCUAUGGCCUUAUGUACUUGGUGCUUGCUUCCUUCCCCAUGGUAUGGGAGGAGCAAUACGAUCAAGAGCCCGGUCGAGCUAGUUUAAACUACCUGUCACUAGGCAUCGGAUUUGUGAUAGGUCUUCAGAUCUCUGGACCUCUGAUCGACAAGGUCUACGCUACCCUCAAGAACCACUACAACCACCCCGGCCGACCCGAAUUCCGCGUACCCCUAAUGUUUCCCACUGCAUUUGUAACACCAGCUGGUCUGGUCUUAUACGGUGUCUCGGCCCAUCUCCAACUUCAUUGGAUUAUACCCAACAUCGGUGCAGCCAUCUUCGCAGCAGGCUUGAUCCAGUCCUUCCAAUGCGCUCAGACAUAUAUCAUCGACUCCUAUGAACGAUACGCCGCCAGUGCUACUGGUGCAGCAGCAUUUGUCAGAACCAUGGCUGGCUUCAGCUUCCCCCUCUUUGCCCCUGCCAUGUACGAAAAGCUUGGGAUUGCAUGGGGAAACGGUCUACUUGCUGGUACGGCCAUGUUUCUCUGCUUGCUUGCCCCAUGUGUACUCUGGCGAUGGGGUGAAUGGAUCAGGAAGAAGAGCCCUUACUGUGCUGGCUGA